UGGACCUCGCACUUCCUGUCGUCGUACUUCCUGUCGUCGGCUGUCUUUUAGCAAAAACAAUGGCGUCCUGUAGUGAGACAUCUGCUACAGCCCCCGAGGAGGAACAGUCCGAGACGGAUGCGUCUCAGAAGAGAGAAGCCAGACUGCGGAAGUUUCGAGAGUUGCAUUUCAAACGGAAUGAAGCGCGGAAGCUGAACCACCAGGAGGUCGUGGAGGAGGACAAGAGACAGAAACUGCCCGCGAACUGGGAGGCUAAGAAAGCUCGACUGGAGUGGGAGCUCGCUGAAGAACAAAAGAAAAAGGAAUGUGCAGCCAGAGGGGACAACUAUGACCGAGUGAAACUGCUGGAGAUCACCGCGGACGACGCGGAGCGGUGGGAGAGGAAGAAGAGGAAGAAGAACCCCGACACGGGAUUUGCAGGUUACGCCGAGGCCCAAUUCCGACAGUACCAGCGGCUCACCAAGCAAAUCAGACCAGACCUGGAAAACUACGAGAAACAGAGGGAGGAAGGCGGUGCAGACUUUUACCCCACGUCCAAUAGCCUGAUCCACGGCACACACAUCCCGACAACGGAGGGCGUUGACCGCAUGGUGGAAGAUGUUGAGAAACAGAUCGAGAAGCGGGCCAAGUACAGCCGGCGCAGGGCGUACAACGACGACGCAGACAUCGACUACAUCAACGAGCGGAAUGCCAAGUUCAACAAGAAGGCGGAGCGUUUCUACGGAAAAUACACGGCAGAGAUCAAACAGAACUUGGAGAGAGGCACAGCUGUCUAGUGAGUCCGGUCCCCUCCGCGGAACAUGCUCACUGGAUCCGUUUUUUCCCUCAUUUAGGAGUCGCGGGCGUGCAACUUUUUUCUUUUAAGUUCUUGCUACAGAGACAGUGUAUUGUAAGGCUGUUUCUGUAAGAUAUGAAACGUGUGGUGUUUCCUUGUACAGUAUUAGAAGCUUAAGCAACACUUUCAGUGUAUACUUGUUGUUUUUAAAUAAACCACUUCCAAUUA